UCACGCCACGUCCGCUAGCGCCUGCGCAUUGCCCCGGAAGCAAGAUGGCGGCCCCCAGCGGAGGCUUCUGGACGGUGGUGGUCCUGGCGGCCGCGGCGCUCAAGUUGGCGGCCGCUGUGUCCGAGCCCACCACCGUGCCAUUCGACGUGAGGCCCGGAGGUGUCGUGCAUUCCUUCUCCCAGGACGUAGGACCCGGGGACAAGUUUACAUGCACAUUCACUUACGCUUCCCAAGGAGGGACCAAUGAGCAAUGGCAGAUGAGCCUGGGGACAAGUGAAGACAGUCAGCACUUUACCUGUACCAUCUGGAGGCCCCAAGGAAAAUCCUACCUCUACUUCACACAGUUCAAGGCUGAGUUGAAAGGUGCUGAGAUCGAGUACGCCAUGGCCUACUCCAAAGCUGCAUUUGAGAGAGAAAGUGAUGUCCCCCUGAAAAGCGAGGAGUUUGAAGUGACCAAGACAGCAGUGUCUCACAGGCCUGGGGCCUUCAAAGCUGAGCUCUCUAAGCUGGUGAUCGUAGCCAAGGCGGCACACUCGGAGCUGUGACCUCCCUGUCACAGCCUUCACGAUGUCUUUCCUCAGACACACUUGCCUGGACUACUCAUCUAGGGCACUGGUCCUGUAGGAGCUGACACUGCCUUGCUCAGGUCACACGGUGUCGUCCCACAGAACUCUCUGAGCCCUGUCGCCCAUUCCCCCAGGGAAGGUGCAGGGUGUGUGCAGGCUGGGAUGGACGGACUUCCUGCUUUCCUCAAGUCAAGACGUCACUUGGUUUCCCCUCUGAGCCACAGAUGAGUGUCUCCAUCCCAGGACCACUUUCUAACCCCACCCAGGGCAGCUCCACUCAGAAGGAUGGGAAAAGAGAACAAAUAAAUAAGUAACCACCUUAGCAGAGGCUCUGUGGGGUCAGACUCA